CGCUGUGUCAGUUGCGGAGCCUCUGUGGGGAGUGGGAGCUGAAGCUUUGCCGGGCCCCCGCGCAUGGGGGGUCGCUCCCAGACAUGCCCUUCUCGCCGCUCGGCUUCUCUGUCCUGCUGCUGGCGACCGCGGGAAGGUCGCUCCCGGUGAGGAGGAGUUCAGAUGGAUCCCUCUCUGAGGUUGUGCAGAAAUGGAAGGAAUAUCAGCUCCAGUGCCAGAAAUACUUAUAUGAGACACCCCCCAUUGUUCCAGAAGGCAAAUUCUGCAACAGAACAUUUGACGAUUAUGCCUGCUGGCCAGAUGGACUGCCUGGUACCUAUGUGAAUGUCAGCUGCCCCUGGUAUCUUCCCUGGGCUAAUGCAGUUCUGCAUGGACAGGUGUAUCGCUUCUGCACCUUGGAUGGGACCUGGCUGCUGAAGGAGAAUUCGACUCUGCCCUGGAGGAACCUGUCUGAGUGUGAGCCCUCUGACCAGGAUGCGCCAGAAGAACAGCUCCUGAAUUUGUCCAUCAUAUACACCAUUGGAUAUGCUCUUUCCUUCUCUGCCCUUGUAAUAGCAACUGCCAUUCUUCUUGGAUUCAGACAUCUGCACUGCACGAGGAAUUACAUUCACCUGAACCUUUUCACCUCUUUUAUCCUGAGAGCUAUAUCUGUUUUCAUUAAAGACUCGGUGGUGAAGUGGAUGUACAGCACAGCCACACAGGAGUACCAGUGGGAAGGACUUAUAGCCUUCCAGGAAUCACUCAGCUGCCGUUUGGUCUUUGUGAUGAUGCAAUAUUGCGUGGCUGCAAACUACUACUGGCUGCUGGUGGAAGGCAUGUACCUGUACACACUGCUGGUACUUUCGGUCUUCUCUGAGCAAAGGAUUUUCCGCCUUUAUCUCUGUAUUGGCUGGGGUGUGCCAAUGCUGUUUGUUAUUCUCUGGGGAACUGUCAAGUACCUUUAUGAAGAUGAGGGUUGCUGGACCAGAAACUAUAAUAUGAACUACUGGCUGAUCAUCAGACUGCCCAUUCUUAUUGCCAUCGGGGUGAAUUUCCUCAUCUUCAUCAGAGUUAUAUGCAUCAUCAUCUCCAAACUGCAGGCUAAUUUGAUGUGCAAAACUGACAUAAAAUGCAGGUUGGCCAAGUCUACGCUGACUCUGAUCCCACUGCUGGGGACUCAUGAGGUCAUCUUUGCCUUUAUUACUGAUGAGCAUGCCAGAGGGAUGCUGCGCUUUGUGAAGCUUUUUACUGAGCUCUCCUUUGCUUCAUUCCAGGGGCUGAUGGUUGCGAUUCUUUACUGUUUCAUUAAUAAUGAGACCUCUGCGCAGGUCUGUGGGAUAACUCAUCAGACAAAUGUGGUUGGAAGGAAUUCAGGUUCAGAUGGAGUUUCGGAAAAGCUGGGAGCGCUGGAGAUUGGAACACUUUUAUGUCCAGAGAAACAGCAGUAUGAAACCUCUGAAGUGUCCAGCCAACAGCAUCAGUAGUGGGGGCACAGUAGGCAGCAGUGUCUAUGCUGCCACUUGUCAGGCCACAUUCAGCUGAAAUUUCUGCAGAUGAAUCAGACUAAGAACAAUGAACUGUUUAAUAUACCUGAAAACCCUUAAAUACCUUAAGCUUGUGGCUUAAGUUUGCUAUCUCCAGAAAGAAACUUAAGCAUGUGCUGCUCAUCACCUGCAGGCUGUUGGCCAGAGUUCCUAGGGAAAGCAAUCUGCUAAUGUAAUCAACAGAUCAGAGGAAAAAUUGGUCACAUCUAAAGUAAGUUAAAAGAGUUUCUUCCUAUUUGCACACACGGCCUCCGGGGGUCCAAAACGUAAGCGUAGCAUUGAUCCAGUCUGAAACCACAGGGUCAAUGGCUUCUUACUGUUGAGUGGGUGAGCUGAAUGAUCGACUGAUUAAAUUACAGGGAUAUAGAAUAUGAUUAUUGCCGAAAAAUAAAUUAAGACUUUGCUGGGGAUAGGGUAAGGUGCCAUCACCAUUUCUAGAAAAAAAUUAUUUAGUGGGACACAACUUACAUUUCAGGGAAGAAUCAGUUUUGUAGCAGGGGUUUCCCAAAGUUAAAAUUGAAAAUACACUGAUCUAUUUUCUGGGUAGGUGAAAAACAGCACCCUGAAGGUGUAUCAAUAUACAGCAGGUAAUGUUAGUGAGCACUUCUAAAUGCUACCUUUAAGCUUCACUUAAAAAAAUACAAAAAACCAAAUAAAACAAAAAUUCAGUAUCUGUUAGUAACCUCCUCUGCAAGGAAUAGGUGCACAUUAUCUCUGUUGACAUGGAUGGAAAUGUCCCCUGCAUGAACAGCCCUUCCAUUGUCAUUGUCACCUUGUGGGCACACAGGCAUUCACAGGGAUGGGCUGAUGGCUUGUUUUUCAAGAGAAUUUCUCCUGUCUGAGCUUUACUCUGCUUCUUGUGGGUGCAAACACAGAAAGCAGUCAGCUUACAGCCGCUGCUGGUUUCAGCAGACCUUUCCUUUUUGCAAAGAUUUGGUUUUGGCAGUUUUGUUUCCCCCCCGGCCUUGGUCCUUUUCUCCUGUGACACAAGGUACCCACGCUCGCGGAUGGGGAGGUGGCCCUUGUGCAGGGCACGGGUUCAGGACUAAGGACAGCUCCCGACCCCCUGCCCGGGGCCGGCUGCCAUUCUCCAGAGCCUCCCAGCUUCCCAUCAGCAGUGUUCCAAAAAAACCCAAGCAAAACCAACAACUCCAAACAAAAAUUCCUGAAAUCCAUGAGCUUUUUCCAUCUGCUUAAAAUCACAAGGGCUCAUGCAGUGACUACAUCUGCACUGUGUAGUGUGUUCCCUGCCUGAUGUUGACAAGAGUUGCUGAGGACAAGCCAAAGUACCUUUAGAAGCAGGUGUGAUAUGUUGCAUCACUUAAUAACAACCUUUGCACAUCUUUAUUCUGCUCUUACUUGGGUUCCCUUUGCAACAAAGAGGCAAACUGCCAAAGACUAGCUCUGAGAAUCUCCCUGCUCACAGAUUUCUUGUAAUAAAUAAGUAACUUACGUGGCAAAGCAGUUAAAACUGUUCAGCAGAAAUAACCGUCCCUAUUUUAAAGUCUUUUUGCACUUGCAUUCACAGCCCCUAUUGCCAAGAAAGUGAACUGGAUAUUCUGGGAUGUAACUCAGCAUCUUUCCUGCCUGAAGCUAGAUUGCUUUGCAUGGGAUUAUUUAUUGUAUUUAUUGUAUUAGAAUUCUAAUUGCCAACAGUAUGGAUUAGUUUUGCAAUCAUAUGGUUAGAAUUGAAUUAAAGAGGAUGUGUUACCUUCUUCUGCUCUAAUACUUGUAAUUGAACUCCAAGGAGAAAGGUGUGUUUGCAGAAAUCCACCCCAGUUCUCAGGCUGGCUUAUGUGCAGCACGCUAGCUUCUCUGCAGGCUGCUUCCACGCCUUCCCUCCCUGACAUCAAUUGCAAAGCUGACUUUGGAAUGAAGCACUUUAGGUUCUUCUCUGCAUUUAAUAACUAGCUUCUGUGUUGUGUGGCCAUCAAUACAAUACUUGUCUAAUAAAUGCAGGUGUUAACUGCUAUCCUACAAGUUAAUUAUCUUCGUGUACAUACAGAGUAUGUAAUGCGGUCCACAGCAACACCUUCAUGUACAUACAGAGUAUGCUUGGUGUUUAUCUGAAGUGCUAAGAAUAGGAAAAAAGUACUAAAGUACUAAGUACUAAAGAUUGUUACUGGCAGGUGAAAGGGCAGCAUGGUGACAGAUGUAAUUUACUGUUGUGGCUUAAUGCACACUCAUGGGAAUAAUUUCACUCAAUUAAUAUUCAAGAGUGGAUGCUGGUCCUGCUUAGUUUGUGCAAACCUGGGAAAAAACGUUUCUGCUGCUUGCACAGCUGUUGCCAAGAUGAUAGUUUUGCUUUUACAACAGAAGUUACAGAAUUGUUCUAACUCACUGCUGUGCUGGACAAACAAAUGUGUGUAACAAAUGAAAGAGGACAGACAUGGGAGUAGAGAGCAUUUCCAUGUGAGGUAACAAACUUGUACUUAGUUACUGUCAUAAGAUUCAACAGCUUGACGUGCUUUUGAAUUAAUAAGUUCUUGUCCCUCCUGCUCAUUUGUGAACUGAGGGUUUUGGUCCCACAGGAGUAACUCCAGUUAACUUAUCCUGGUGAUUAUUCUGCUUUGUUAGAAUGCAAGAGAAAAGUAAGGUAAUAAAGUGAGGUCUUAGCCAAGCAGAAGGCUGCAGAGAAAUUCCGCCCCCCCCUCCCCCCAAUUAAGCUCUCACUUGUUCAGACCUUUUUAAAUGCCCUCUCAAAACAACUCAGUGGAAGUAAUUACCACCAAGCAGAAUCACAGUAUUUGUGUAUUUAGAGAUUUAGCAAGGCCUCAAUGCCAAUUUCUCCAUCAUACUUUACUUCAGUAAAACCUUUUUGCAAGCCCUUGUUAUUCAUGCCAUCUC